AUGAAAUUCGGCAAAUAUCUAGAAGCAAGACAAGUCGAAUUGCCUGAACACAAUGGCUAUUUCAUAGACUACAAAGCAUUGAAAAAACUUAUCAAACAUCUAUCAAUACCCAAUAGUAACCACAACACUCCCUCAUUUGACUCAAACGAUGCAUCUAAUACAGAGAUGAAUAACACAACGACUACAAUGACAAUGACUGACGACCAAAAUACAGAUCCUCAUUCCUUGGAUGACAUAAAUCAAUCACUGGUAUAUAAAAGAUUACAAGAAAACCAAUCAGCAUAUUUUUUCAAGCUGGAAAGAGAAUUAGAAAAAGUAAACUCUUACUAUUUGGAAAAAGAAUUAGAUCUGCAUAUUAAAUUCGAUAUUUUGAAAAAAAAAUUAGACGAUUAUAAAAAACAUGGGAAAUUGACAACAAAGGAUUCAGUCUCUUAUAAAAAUUUAUUAGCAGGUAUUAAAAAACUACAACGAGAUUUAACCAAUCUAGAACAAUUCGUAGAACUUAACAGAACCGGUUUCAUGAAGGCUCUGAAAAAAUGGGAUAAAAGAUCACAUUCUCAUCAGAAGGAAUUCUACUUCGCAACCGUAAUAUCAAUACAACCAAUCUUUACAAAUAAUGACAUACCAAAAUUAAAUGAUUCCCUGUUGACUUUAUCAAUUAAUUUAGAAGAUACAAAUAACCUAAAUUUAACAGAGAUUGUGGAUCUAACAGACAACAAAAAUAUAACCAUUAACAACCCAUUGAUAAUAGAACAUGAUGAAAAUAAAUCUUUGAAAGAAUCCUUAUCAAAAUUGACAACUACACUCGCAAAAGUAACUUCAGAAGAUCCAACCAUAAGUAAAACUGCAUUAACUGGCCCUUUUUCAAAAUUCUCUAUUGCAAAUGAAUUGGAAAGAGAAUUACUAUUUGAACUUGAAAUUGAAUCAGAGAUAGAAACAUGGUUUAAAGAACUGCUGACUAUAGCAAACAUUAAAGAUGAAUCAAGAAAAAGAGAAAUGUUAGAGAAUUUUUCAAAACUUAAAAUAGAUACUUUCAUCAACAAAACUCCAGAGGCAAUUAAAAGUAAUGACAAGAAUAAUAACAUCAUAAAAGAUGCUGUAACGAAACUUUUCUUACUACUAGUUGAAAGUGACUUAGACGAUGAAUCUUUAAAGAUCUUUUUCAGUACAACUAAUGAUAGAAUUGAUCUUUCUUAUUAUGAUGAAAAUGAUCAAGUAUUUUCAAGACGUAAUGUUAUCCACGAAGCAGCAAGAUGCGCAACACAAUCAAGAUUAUUCGUAUUAGAAGAAAUGCUUAAAACAUUCUCUGACUCUAAAGAUCUUUUAAUGAAACUGAUAAAUGCUCAAGACUUCCAUUUAAGAACACCUCUACAUUAUGUCUCGGAAUUAGGAAAAUCAGAUUUCGUUAGAGCUUUACUAGAAACAAAAUUAAUAGAAUCUGUAGAUAUUUUGGACAGAGACUCUAGAACUCCUUUCAUUCUGGCAAUAGUGAAAAAUCAUAUUGAUAUCGUCAAACUUUUGCUAGAAGAAGGUAAAGCUGAUCCAGCUCCUCAGAAUACAGAAACUUCGAAACCUCAAUUUUCUCCAUUAACUGUUGCUUGUUAUCACAAUAAUUACCAAAUAGCAAAAAUGAUUCUUGAAAGGGGAAGCAUCGAUUUGAAAUCUACUUUUGACCAUGAAGGUUUAGGAAAUCUUCAUGUUGUUGCCAGAAGAGGUGGUAGCUCCAAAUUGAUCCAAUUACUUGUUCAGCAUGGAGCAGAUCCAAACGGCUUUGACGAAUUCAAUAAAUGGACUCCAAUUUUCUAUGCUGUUAAAGAAGGGCAUAAGGGGACAGUUGAAGAGCUACUUAAGAAUGGAGCAAAUAUCAAUAUAACUGAUGAUGAGAAUAGAUCACCUUUGUUUUAUGCCAUUUGGGAAGGUCAUGUUGAUGUACUCAAUGUCUUAAUUAAAAUUAAUUCGGAUACCGAUCCAAAGGCUCUUCCGGUUAAUUCUAAGCCGUUGUUAACAGGGGAUUUUUCAAUGAGCCCAGUUGACUCAUGUGGAGAUAUUCCAGAUUUUACAUUACCGCCACCUAUUAUCCCGCUCAGGAAAUAUGGUCAUAAUUUCCUAGAAAACAAAGUGUUCGUUAAAAUCAUUCUAAGACCAAAUUCUGAUUUUAUUAAGAUUCACAGUGACGAUGAUAUUGUUACGUUGCCACCUGGGAGAAUUACUCUAACCUCAAAUUUACCUGGUUCCUUCCCUAGAAAUAUAAUUCUUCCUAUAGAAAAUGAAGAAGAUGGUGAAAUUGUAUUCCAAAUAGAUUCGUUAGAUGAAUUUGCAGUUGAUUUUGAGACAUUUCCUUCGUAUGGAACAAAAUUAAUUGCGAAGACCACUGUAAUGUCAAAUGUUUUGACGAAGAAGUUGUCUAAUGGAUGUGGAAAAUUGAUUUUACCGAUGUUUGACUCGAGGGUGACAAAUAUAGGAUCAUUUAUAUUUGAAUAUCAAAUCGUCUAUCCUUGCAAUGUCAAACCUUUGGAAAUUACGAAGUACGAAACAUAUUGGAAAUCUACAAGUAAUGAUAUGACAAUAAAAAAGGAUCUUCAUCAGUUUGUGACUUCCUCGUCGUUGAUUGGAAGAUAUGCAUCACUGAAAGUUUGUAGUUUAAAUGAUGGUACAAUCGUAGUGACACCUAUGCUCUAUAUUACUAUUGGCACCAUUAAAAUAUUUAUGAAUGACUUGAGCAAGAAUCAACUAGAAAGUUUUCUAAGUUAUAACAUUGAAGAUGUUCCGGAGAUCAAUAAUUUUGAGGAUUUGAUUCCUCUGUUGAAUUCUAAGGUAUAUUCCCUAGACAAACUAUUAACGAAAAUUGAUAAUACAAUCCAAUUAGAUAUUCAACUCUGUUAUCCAACUGAACAAGAAGUUAAUGAAAUUCCCGUCAAAAUGGGACCAUUACAUGAUUUGAAUUCAUUUAUUGAUAAAGUGUUAUUAGUCGUCUUUGACCAUGUUCGUGAUUUACGUCAUUCUGGUAAAGACUUGAGAUCGAUUGUUUUCAGUUCAAGUAAUCAGCAAGCGUGUGUUUCAUUAAAUUGGAAGCAACCUAAUUUUGCUGUAUUAUAUAGAAUGGGUGUAUUAUAUCGUGAAGGAGAUGAAUUUGUAACAGAUACUGCUCAUCAUCUAAAGAGUGAGGCUGUAAACAAAAAGAUAUUGAAUUUGACAAACCAUGAAAAUUACUAUUUACGUGAGAUUGUGAGAGAUGCUACGAAUAAUAAUCUUUUUGGAAUUAUUUUACCGUAUGAGUUGCUCCAAGUUUGUAGUCAAAUUGGUAGCACAAUUAGGUCUAAUGGCUUAUUAUUAAUAGCUUCUUUGGAAUCUGAAUCUGAAAACGUUCUGCAUAAUGAUGAUAUCAAUGGUACAUUAAUUGGAUCAAAAUUAGAAUUCCAUAGAUCAAUAGGCAUUUAA